AUGACCGUCAAACGGAACCGGGUUGAUAUGGUGAUGAGAUAAUAAGUGAUAAGAAAUGGUGUUUGAGGUGUGAUAAACAGAUCGAUUGGUGGGAAAUUUGAAAACGAAAACAGAAGCUAUUUUCAGUGACUCCAAUCCAGAAGCCGAGUUGCUCCUCUGUCGAGAUAUCACAGAAGUAGGAUCCUUGCUCUGGGAUGAGCACCUAAUCGAGACGAUCCUCGAGGCGGCCAAGUGUCGUGUGCGGAUAGGAACCAUCGAAUUCCCACUAAGAACCUUCACUAAUGCCUUCCACUCCCUUCUGGCUGCCACCAAAUUCAAGCAGGACCUUCUUCCGUUCGACGAGUUCCGCUCUCUUUUCCUGGACACGUGCGUCCAUCUGAAAGAUCGAUUCGCCGAUGAGUUGCUUGACGAGUUGCACAAAAACGAGCGAUUCGGCAACUUGUGGGCCGAUUUAGAGGCACGUAAUAUUCGCGAACUGAUAAGAAAAUGUUAUCAGUUUGCGUAGCGUAAUUGAUGUUGAAACGACAAUUUUUCAGAACGUCGUAAUAGGUUCCAUAUCUCAACAGUACGCAACGACGGUUUUCCGAUCAGAUUCCAAUGUAACCAACUUCUCCGACGCCUUCUGGCUUGCCUCACGCGACAGAAUGAGCAAGGAGAACAUGACGCUCUUCUCGUGGAUCGCCAACAAAUCGGAAUUCUCGUGCAAGUUGGAUCACUUGCUCGCGUCGUUCAUCCGGCCGGAACUGAUUGACGUGAUGAAUCAGUGCAUGAGGUUCGCUCACAGUGCCUACCGUACUCGAGAGCUUCUUGUCACAAUGGCCAAUGACAGUGAGUUAGAGAACAAUACUCAUUUAUACUAAUUUCACUUACAGAAGAGCUCAUGUCCCGAAUGACAUGCCCACAAUCCUCGUUCGACGUCUCCAUAGUGCACAGUCAACAAGCGGAAAACAUGAACAAAGCUCUUCGGACUCGCCUCCGAUUCUUUGUUUUCACUCUCGAACAGAUUGUGUCCCACUUCAGAGAACUUUUCGCUGAGAAGGUCGCAAUUUCAUAGUGCAUCCUUUUCUGACAGAAUCACCCUUUCAGGUCCGAUACGUAUUCCAAACGAAACGUGACGAGAUUGUGAAUGCGAGCAGUCUGAAAGAGGUGGAGACGGCGGUGGCGGAAGGACAUCGCAAUCUGACGGAGAUAGUCGUGAGAACGGGCGUUCGAAGAAUGGUGCACGAGACGAUGGACAUGUUUAUGAGCAUGACUGAUGAGAUACGGUUGAGGUACUGAAGCACACAAAACAAAUGAUUUAUUUUUCUUUCAUUUUAGAUCCGUCUCGAACACUCUCGAUUUGGAUUAUCUGCAGCGGUGCGAAGAGAGCGUCCGCAAGACCCUCAACACCCUGCUCUCACUCCACGCCAGCUGGGGAAACGACAAGGACUCGAUCUUUUUCCACUUGUCCGUUCGGCUCGGAAAACUCAAUAAGGGUGUCUAGUCCAGUCCAUUUUGUAUCUAUAUCUAAUUCUGCCUUUUUGCCUUUCUCUGCUUCGCAUAAUCAACAUUUCAACAUGGGUCUCAGUCGAAUAAUAGUUUUUAUCAAUACGUUUUAUUCCAUUUUCCCUUUUUCGUUAACUUUCGCGUUUCCCAUACGCUUUUACUUCCUUUCAUUUUCACAACUAUUCACCUGAAACUGAUUCAGAUGACACUCGAAUUCUACAGUGGAAUCGAAAACAUUCGAAGAAUUCUGAGCCAACAUGCGGCGGACGUGCUCUACGUGCAUCAGCACAAUGAGUUCGGCGACGAGGACGAGGCGAAAAAGUGCAAAAACGAACUGAUGACGGACGUGAUGGACAUGAUGGGAACCGACACGGAAGCGGCCAUGCUGGGGAUGGCGUACAGGGCGCUCAACUUGGAAACCGCUAAUAUGGACGUUCCGAGUGUACGCCAUGAGCUUGUUCUGAAAUGGAAACGCUUUUUUCCAGGAUGAUAGAAUGUUGGAGCUUGUGGAAGAAGCAAAGGAGAAAGUGAAGGAAGAUGUGAAGCAGGGCGCCAACCGAAAGUAUUUCAAAAAUAUUGUGAAGGAGAUCAGAGACGGAAAAGCCGAGGAGGAGGAGAUGGAAGUGAUGCAGGUGCAGCACAGCCGAAAAGACCCGAUCUCGAAGAAGGAUAUCGUCUACCCGGUCAUCAAUAAGGUACGGAUGACACCAAGGCUGUGCAAACAACGAGUCAUUGUUUAUUUGCUCUUCGAAGACAAAAUGCAACCAUUCUGUGUUUUCAGAAGUGCGGCCAUGUGUACGAUAAAGAGUCGAUCAUGGAAUUCGCGAACAGAAAGAAGACGAUAAAGUGCGCGAUGCAAGGAUGCUCGGAGACCAUCAAGAUCGCGGUCUUAUCGACUAUCCAGAGUACUGGAACAUCAUAAAACAGCAGACCCGUGAUUCUCUGCUUCUCCCUCUAUCAAACAACUCUAAAUUAUGAGUAUCUCCCCUUCCACACCUCUCAUUUCACAACCUUUUCUUCUUAUCGAUCUGCUUCUCUCUCACUCGUGUUUCUUUUUUGCGUGUCGUUUCAUAAACAUUCGCUCCUGCUGUCCAGCCGUCCGUCCGCCCGGCCGCUGCCGGGGUGGCCGACAAAAACCAGUUUGUCAUUCGUUCGUUCGUGCGAUGAGUCGUUGAAAUACGAAUGCAAUACUCCUCUCUCUCUCUCUCUCUCGCCACUAUUUUAUUUCCAUUCUUUUUAGAACACUCGAUUGCAGGGCAGAUGUCGGCCACGGCGACAAUCAGUCCUCCGGCUCGAGAACUCAAAACUUCGUCGAUCUGCGGAUACUUGCACCGAGUACGGAUGGCUCUUUCUCGAAAGUUAAUUGAGAACAAACUGCUUACAGAUCGAAGUUCGCUCGAUCGGCCUGAUCACUCGCCGUCGGUACUGGUUCGCUCUGUGCGACACGACCCCCUAUCUCUAUUGGUACAAAGAUUCGGACGACGUGAAAUGCAUCGGAAGAGUGUCGCUGAGCGGAGCAGCAUUCACUUAUGACCCGAAAGAGAAGGGACGGUUCGAAAUUCAGUUAGUUAUCAAAUUUUAAAGAGAACUUCAUAGGUGCGGGAUCUUUGAAAAACAUUUAAAAUGUCCGGGUCCUAGUGGGUUCGAAUGAGUGGAAACUGAACGACAAUGACCCAUAGAAGUAAUUCGGACAGUUAGAACCUAACGACUGCCAAUUUUUUUUCCGAACCAGGCCCCUCCCACUCGCCUGUCCGUUACUGCUGGCGCUAAAAUCAAAACACCAAUGGGGAACAUGAAAUGACAUUGUUUGCAGUUCGAACAACGAAGUGAUCGUGUUGGAAUGCAGUUCGGAUAAACAGCGAAACGAAUGGAUGAAGGCUUUGCAAAGCACGCGGAAACGGAGUUGGAAAGCGGCGAAGUCGAAGUCCGACUCUUGCCUCGAUAUCUCUUCGCUCACGGGACGAAACUCGGCGGCCGUGUUCGAAGAACCCAGUUCUCCGUCCCCUGUUCCGCCGCCGAGAAGUCCGAAGCCGAAGAAGCGGACACAGAUUCCGACGAAUCCAGAAGAAUCCACGGAAACUCCAGAAGAAACAGCCGGAGAAGAUGAACCGAGAGAAGAAGUAGGAGAACCCGAGAAAGCCGAAAGAGAAGAAGCAGGGAAUGAGAGGACAGAAUCAGCGCAGACACCAGAAGCAUCCACAACUGAAUGGUACCUAAAUCCGAACGGUCAGCUCAAUGAACGGUCGCUUCAGAUGCCCAAAGUGAGACUUUGUUUUUCUAAACAGAACAAGUAAUCCGGGAAAAAAGUUUAAGACAAUCGAAAGCCCGGAAAGUGUGCUGAAAAGGCUGGCCGAUCAGAGCAUUGAAGCUCCGAUGCGAGCGAUCCGACGGAAUCUGAGCGUCUGGAAAAGCGGAAGCAGCCGGCAGAAUACCGGCGAUGAGCCGAUUGUGAGCAACAGAGUGAGUAUUCUGUCUUGCUCAAUUCUGGAGACGUGUUGUGAAAGUUUCAGAAAGGAACAGUGUCUUCGGUGGACUUGACGCCAGAGGAGAAGUGCAUUGAAUUGACGGAUAAAGUGACAAGUUUGGAAGAAGUCGUCGACUCGCUCCGAGCGGCACUUCUGUUGGCUCAGAGGAACAAUGAAGCACUGUGGGUGUUUCUAGAAUCUUUUCAUCAUCUGAAUUUCUAUUUUCCAGUAAAAAGAUAGAAGAUAUGGGUGAAAACAACGAGGAAAUGAGGGAAUAUCUGCUGGAAAAGGAGCGACAAGUCACCGAAUUGCACAUCUCGAACAGUAUGAAUGCUCGAAGAGUCCGGGAUCUCGAAGAUCAGAAUGUGAAGCUGGAGGACACGAUAAACGAUCUGCAGCAGUCGGUGGAGGCCUUCCGAGAGUCGCUCCGAACGAAAGAAGAGCUGAUACUUCGGAUGUGCGAAGAGGAGAAUCGGGACGAUCUGCUCGGACCCGCGACGAGUGCGGCCAACUCGGAAAGGAAUAUGAGUUUGUUAGCCGACGCGAAUGGAAUAGUUUCGGACGUGGAAGUUCCCGAAGGCAUUCUGGUCGACGUGACUUCCAUCGACUACGAGGAAGCGACACGAAGAGUUCUCGACGAAGAAAACGUAAAGGACAUUGGAGAACUGCAGGAUCUUGUGGAGGGAUACCGCACUCAGAACCAAUUCCUCAAUGCUGAAAUCGUCGAAUUGCACGCCAUAAUUCAAUCCUUGGAAGACCGCGAGAAGAAACUGAUCCGUCAGAAUUUCGACCUGGAAGCAUGCUACUAUCAGCUCAAAAGUCGGUAUCUGAUGGUUCUGAACCACUUCAAAUCCCCAACAAAACCUGGAAAAAGUAAGUUUCCUGCUCUGCUUCCACUUAUUCACAUAGUUUCCUUUCCAGUAAUGGAGCCGGGUGUUCUAAAGGAGCUGCUGGAAGAGUCGGCCCGGACGCCCCGAGAAUCUCAACAGAAUCUGACCGAUCAGCUCGGAUUCUACAAGAAAGACCUCAUUGGAGAAAGCGACGAUCUUCUGGACACGGCCACGUUUUAUAUGAAGAAAGCGAAUGACAUUACGGAAGCGACGAAGUUGGAACAAUCGGAAGAGUACAUGAAAUGGCUGCAGUCAUGGGAUUCCUUCCUCGUCAACAACACCGUCUCCCGACAGGUCGCGAUAAUGUCGUCGCCCGAUCUGAAGACGUUGAUUCGGACUGGAGUUCCGCCUGCUUAUCGCGGACGCGUCUGGAAGAGCAUCGUGACGCAUUGGGUGAAGGACGCGCAGGCGGAACUCGGCAACGGGUACUACGGGAGCAUGCUGAAGAAGGCGAGCGCCAAGAAGCAGGACGGAAGCUACGAUGCCGCCAUCAAACAGGUCUGCUCACAAUUACUCGUUUCCUUCACUGCUUUAUUUCAGAUAGACCUCGAUCUCGCCCGCACUCUCCCCACCAAUAAACUAUUCGAUGAGCCCGAUUCUGCGAACAUUGAGAAGCUCCGAAACGUGCUCUACGCCUUCCGAUACCACAAUUCGCACGUCGGCUACUGCCAGGGACUCAACCGACUCGCCGCCAUCGCCCUUUUGUACCUGGACGAGCAGGACGCCUUCUGGUUCCUGAUAGCCUGCGUGGAGCACUUGCAGCCGGAAGGAUACUACACGAGCUCUCUCAUCGGAGCAGUCGCUGAUCAGAAGGUUCUCCGUGACCUGGUCGCCGAGAAGCUGCCCAAACUGGCCGCCCAUCUGCGGUCCCUUGAAGUCGACCUCUCGCUGUUCGCCCUCUGCUGGUUCCUCACCUGCUUCGUCGACGUUCUUCCGCACUCUAUCUACCUGACCAUAUUCGACGCGUUUCUCUACGAAGGAAACAAAGUGCUCUUCCGGUUCGCACUGGCUCUUCUCAAGAUUUGCGAACCGCACGUUCUUCAAUGCAAAACUAUUGGUACGGUUUUACUUGUUUGCAACAUCCUCAAUCCUCUCGAUCUUUCAGGAACAGUUCAUCAGUGUCUGAGCAAAGCGCAGGAUCACAUAACCGAUUUUAAAUCGCUGGCGCAGGUCGCCUUCAACGAGCUGAACCCGUUCCCGCAGAAGAGCAUCGAAACGAAGAGACAAUUGUACGUCAGCCAGCUGAAGGACACCGGCCACUGUAUGUAA